GUGCACGUGAGUUUUCUGUAUUUAAAGUCUCCUUAGAAUGUUUAUAGUGUACAUACAAUGUUCCUACGAAUCGGCUAGGGUGACUUUGUCUUUUGCCUAUAUCGCGUCCUGUGUUUACCUAUAAUUUCCACCGUUACGAUCGAUAUUUUCCGGCCUUUAUUUCUUUUUUACCGCUUCUAACGUAUCACGGUGCACCGACCACUAGUUUACCAGCUUGUUUUCAAUGAACGAAUUUGGAUGUUGGCGCGGCAAGCCCAAAGUAUCGGGCAAAGUGUGUACCACAAUAUCGGGUAUUGUUUAACGAGAUCGGUGUAGUUAUUAGAACAUUUCCAAGAAUCACAGCGCCAGGUUUCAAUUUGAACAAUUCUGUAAACUGACGAUCGCCAGACGAAGCAAGAGGACAAGGAGAAAUGGAAUAUCGUAAAUGUUAAUAUACGCAGAUACUGGUUGAAAAGAGUUCUUUUCCAUCUGCGUUUCGCUCGAUGAAUGAAAAGUUGUGGAAAGGCGAUCUCAUCGUCGAAUGUCACGCUUUAAUUUCUCUUGGUUAGAUGACUUUUCACAACCGGCAAUGAUAAGUUUAUCUCGUUGUUGCUAUCGAUCGUCGGUUUCGAUCAAGCAAGGAAGAAGGAAAGAAAAAUGACGAACGAGACAGACCACUGUCGCGAUUAAUGUAUUUGAAAUAUGAUACGCGACGCAGAUAGUCCCAUAGUUGCGGUCAACCGAUAAUACGAUAAUAACAUAGGAGAAAAGUAAAAUCGGCACAAAGGUAACGAUACAAUUUACAAAUGAUAUAUAAAUGAUAAAUAAAAGGUUGGCGAGUAGAUAACGCGUUGUCCGCGUUGACCGGCUAUUAAGCCGCUGCGCUGGACCGGAGCAAGAGGAAACGGCUGUUAACUGGCCCGUGGCGACACGCGACGCACGACCCACGACGCGACGUAUCGUCGAGGUGCAGAAGAGGCCGUGGGCGCGCGCGCGCGCUACCGCGUCUAUCGACCAGAUUCUCUCGUCUCUCCUCCUCUCGUUACCUCGCUGCCUAUGGCCCCUGUAUGUAUUCCGCUAGGAUCCCAGCCACGGCCACGGCAACGCCUCGUCGCUAUCUCCAACGUGUUCCGGGAAUUGGGGACUGACCGACGGUUCCCACGUGGCCACGUGGAGAACACGAGGAAAAGAAGACUGUUCGUUCUUCGAUGACUCUGUUCCCGUUCCCGGACUACGUUUUACGAUCAUUUUCCAUCUUCGAACUGGUCCAAACGCUUCUCGCCGCAUUUCACCCAGCGUCUCGUCGUGUCAACGUCAAGUCCGGUCAUCCAAUUGUAAAAUCGUUUGCACCGUCGUACCGGAUCGUGCCUCCUAAUCGUAUAUUACCGUUCCGAUCACGCUGUUGCAAGAUUCGCGAGCGAUCACGGAGGUAUUCGUCGGGCAGUCGCAAAGUGAACAGCCGCAAUGACGUAACACGCGGCGAUGGUGAUGGUGAUGGUUUAUGGCGAUUUUGGCAUCCGACAGUUCCGUUUAUGCGGUCCGGUAAAUUCCUCGGCCUGUUCUCGAAAACAAGGAGAUGCGAGUAAGGAGAGCGGCGGCGCGAGACCGGCGAGAAACUCGGCUCCCGAAACCACCACCCUCUCGUUAGAAUGCAUCGAGACGAAAACUUGGUUACACAUUAAAGUGCACUGAAUCGAACCUUCCUGACGAGUUGGACGAGGUCGAAUCCAGGCGUUCGACGAGCCGUUCUUCAACUGUGUCAAAUUGCAGGAUCGACGAAUUUUCCUCGCAGACCAUCGCCAAUCUCGUACAAACAUCUCGUACAACAUAUUAUAUAACCAUACUUGUAUGGUUUCAUUUUGGAGCCAAAAGUAUCUUUAAAGGAGAAACGAAGGAAACACAGCCUUGUUAACGGCCUGGUACUUGUUCGAAAUAGCCAGCGAACAAACCCCCUUUGCAUCGACGCAAAGAGGACGAGUUUUUCAGGUGCAACCAUCGUGCAGACGUAUUUUCACACAGCUGCUUCCGAGCUUCCAAGAUCAUCGAAUCGUUUGGCAAACGUUUCUCCAUUUUUCUUACUGGCGAAAAAUCGUGGCCGAACCAGCAAACCAAAGCAAAGUUUCAUCGUGGAAAUCGCGGAGAUGCGAUGAAAUGGUGGAAGAAACCUGUUAAAGAGCUUAGUGAGAUUUACUCAACGAUGCCUGCACUUGGGAUCGUUUCGAUAGAGGCUGACGGUGAAAAAAGCGGCGGUAAAAGCAGGAUCGAAAGAAUCGAUCGGUAAGUCCGAUAAUUUCACUUUAACGCAAAAUUAAAAGCUAACGGUUCAAAUUAGAAUCGGAAUUAAUAAUACGCGUAAAGUGCAGCGUAAUUCUUCGUUCGCAUUUCCCUUUCCCGUUCUCAUUUCUUUCUCCUUAUCUGUCCUGUACUUAUGCUUUUCGUUCUUUUCUUUGUUACUUUCUUAUCUCUGUUUAACAUGCUAUCGGGAUAGCGCGAUGUACAAAACAUCGGCGAUAUUUUACGAUAACGUGAUUUUAUAUUUCGCCAGUCGGUGUGAUUUCUUGCGUGAUUGCGAACGUGGCAGUUCGACGGGAAGAUCUAGUCGUAAAUUACAGGCAUCUGAAUCUAUAUCAAAGACAACGAUAGCGACCUCGAAUAGUCCUCUUCACGAUAAGAUCUGGAUAUCGGAUGAUGCAUGUACAUGUUCCCGAUAUCUUUCAAACGUUCAAAGGUGAUUAGCGAGGAAGGUUGCCCUGGCAUGUGCGAUCAAUCUCAAAAUAAGGCACUGUUUCGUGGCGAUAAGAAAGCGCUAAAUGACGAGCCUAACACUUUUAAUUUCGAGCUGCAUAACAAAAUAUACAAAAGCCGAUCGCGGUUACAAAAAUGGUUAAUAGGGCUGUUGAUAUUCCUAUUUGUAUCGUUAAUCGUAAUAAACACGUUCAACACGGAACAGUUUCGAGCGGCACGGUAUGGAGCUAUUAUCAACGAUACCUCGCAAGACAAUUACGUAGAACUCAAGUCUUUGUUCGCGUCCAUAGCGAACUCCGGUUUCGUGGUCCGCAACAAAGGUUGUCGAAUUCCAGCGAUGGAUCCUUUCGAUUCAGCGAUUACACGAUUUAUCGAGAAGGAAAAACCACUUAUUUGCGAGCACGGAAGUCAUUUACCGCUGGUCGAUUCGAACGACACAGCGCUCUACAUAAAUCCAAAUGCGAUCGGCCACUUUUACAACAAUUCAGGGGAAAUAGAUUGCUGUUGGCGGCCGUUCUGGCGAACGAAGGACGAAGAUAACGUUGUUACGUACGGUAACGAGUGUUUCAAAUUCGAAAACGCGACGGCCGUAAACACCGAGUUUGUGAAAGUGGAAUGUUCGCGCAACAACGAGGUGAUAUACAAGGAUUAUCACGCGUUUGUACCACGUUUCCAAUCGGUAGAGAGGAAAUACGAGCGAUCCAGACCGACCACUAUGAAAACUGAACAGCUCAGCGUGUUAAUAAUCGGCCUUGACUCGAUCUCACGACUAAAUUUUCAUCGUAUGAUGCCGAAUACUGUCCACGCGUUGAAAGAACUUGGCGCGGUUGAAUUCUUGGGUUACACUAAAGUGGCUGAUAACACGUAUCCGAAUUUAGUGCCUGUCUUAAGCGGCUUGUCCGAGAAAGAACUGCACGAUCUAUGUUGGCAAACUAAAGAUAAAACGUUCGACGACUGCCCAUUCAUUUGGAAAAAUUUCAGCGCAUCUGGUUAUCGAACGGGUUUCGGCGAGGAUGCCUGUGGCAUGACGACCUUCAAUUAUCUGAAACGAGGCUUCCGAGUUCAACCGACUGACUAUUAUCUCAGACCAUUCUGUAUCGCAUCCGAGAAGGAUAUCGGUAAUACGCACAAAUUAAACGCGAAUCUCUGCGUGGGAACCAGAAAAACCUUUGAAAACUUACUGGACUACGCUAAGAAAUUCGCCUCGCGAUUUUACAGGGACCCAUACUUCGCGAUGAUAUGGCAAGCCAGCCUCACCCACGAUUUCUUCAACUAUCCGCAAUUAGGUGACAAUUCCUACUACAACCUCAUCACCUAUUUGUUCACGAAACGCUUGCUAAAUCAAACAGCGUUGAUAGUGAUGAGCGACCAUGGUAUGAGAUGGGGAAGCUUUCGGCAGACUUAUCAAGGAAGAAUGGAGGACAGCCUUCCGUUUGUGUUCGUGGUGAUGCCUCGAUGGUGGAAGGAAAAGUAUCAAGUAGCUUGGGCGAAUUUCCGAAGAAACACGCGCAGUCUAACGACAGCUUUCGACUUGCACGAGACCUUGAUGGACAUACUGCAUUCGGAAAAUCUGCGGGAACCGCGUCUUAAGGCCCGUAUUCGAGCGAUGCCGAAAGAUAAGAGUUUGCCCCGUGGAAUCAGCUGGUUUUUGCCGAUUCCUGACUACAGGACAUGCUCCAUGGCGGGUAUAGCUAGUCAUUGGUGCAUGUGUCAUAACAGCUACGAUGUUUCUACGGAUGACGAAAGUCUUCGGGACAAGGCAGUCUUUUUGGUCUCGGAAUUGAAUAACAUGUUGAACAAGUUCGUACAAUGCGCCGUAUUGAAACUGAAAGAGAUUAAAACAGCGAAAGCGUGGAAGGGCGAGGGUGAGAAGAACCAACUGAUCGAUUACACGAUCACGAUUCAAACGGAACCUGGUGACGCGAUAUUCGAGGGUACGAUACGGUACAGAAACGAGAGUAAGACUAACAAGUUGGUAGGAUCGGUUAGCAGACUGAACGCGUACGGAAAACAAAGCGCCUGUGUCGAUGAAUUCAAUAUGAGGCUAUACUGCUAUUGUUUAUAGCUUGAUCAAUCUGCUUCUUUUUAUCAUCCUUUUCUCUUCUUUCCUUCUUUCUUUCUAUUCAUUUUUCGAAAACUUUAACAGAUUCGCUUUGACGAGCAUAAUCUUGAAUGACUGUCGAAUGAAAUUAAUUAGUACGGUAGCCAGUAUACUGGUACAAAAAAAAAAAAGAAAAGAAAAAAAAAAGAAAAAAGAAAAAGUCACACUGUGAUAAGAUACUUGCUUUAAAGAUGUGAUUCACGGUAAUUUCGUACUUAACAAAUUAAGCGUCAACUAAUAGUAGUAGUAUCGUUUUUAUUGUGUACGAUAAUAAUAAAUACGCACAGUGUAAUAUGUUAAUACACGAAUAAGUGAUAAGUAAACGUAAUUGGCGUGGUGCAGCGAUAUUAUUGAAUUUAAACCUGACCAUAUAUACAUGCGUUUAGUCUACUAUGGGAUACAAAUGUACGUGUACAGACGUAUGUAUAAAAAUGCAAUUGCAGAGAGAUACGAUUCUUUUAUGUUACAAAAAUACAUUUUCUUCUUAUAUCGAAGUAAAUGACAGCAACUUUUAAAUACGACGUUUGAUUUGUUAAGCAUACUUAAGCAUUACUGUGAAUAAUUUUCAACUAAAUUCAAAGAAAGACCUAAUACGUGCUAGUAUUUUAAUUAUUAUUAGACGCGACUCGCAGACUUCCUGCUAUUAAAAUGCUUCGUUCGUAUUUUUACAAUAAUAUGCAUUCGUCGAAAAACAUUGAUUACGUAAAAUUACGGCUUUGCAAUGGUCCUAUUUUCCUGUAAUUACCUAAAGAUUUAACUAGCCUUCAACUCGAACAACUAUCUUCUUAUGAUUGUAUUUUCUGAAACCUUUGUCAGUAACAUUUGUAUAUUGUAUACGUAUUUGUAUUUUCCUAAAUUCAGAUAGAACAAUGUAACUCGGAUACUUACUUGUUAUUUGUGUUUCACGUUUAUGCUACAGAUUUAUAUAUCUAUGCUAUAAAAAAGGUAUAAAAUAAUUUAUUUAUUAUUUUGAGACAAGAGGAACAGAAAAGUCACAUUAUCGGUCUAACGAUACCUGUCUUAAGAUUUUGUCAAACCGGUUAAUCAUUCGCUUAAAGAGAAAAUAUUUACCAUCAAACGCGUAUGCGUAUAUAUUUCGAUAGGACCAUGAUAUCGUUCAAUGAUUUUGGUUCAAUGCAAAUAACUUCUUUUACCUGUGCUAAAACGAGAUGAAAGCAAGCUCGAUUGUUCAAUGAUCGAAUACGGAGUCGCAUAGAAUUAAAACCAUCGGUUCGUAAUAAAAUGUUCGUUUGUGCACUAAUUUUUAAUACGAUUGUAAUACGAAUCGGUGACAUACUUGAGAGUUAUAGUUAUAGAAACUCAAUUAUAAAUUAACAAAAACUACAGGCAAUUACAUAGGUAAGUACAUUAGAAUUACGUAUAAAGAUACAAAAAUUAUAAUUUAUUUAUGGCCUCCUUUUUAUGAGAGAUUUUAAGGUUGCUGUGUACAAAGCAACAAAACGUUGCAACAUACUGUGUUGUGUCUGACGAAAGAAUUAUACUUUAAUUUUUGUAAAUGAAGUGUACGCAAAGGUACUGAAAUAAAACCUUUGUAAAAUAUAAA